AAUUGGACUCUCUUGCUCUGGACUUCAGUGCGGUGACGACGUUCAGUGAAUUAUCUUGUUCCGCAGGGCCUUUUAAAUUUUAUUUUGCUUUAAGCCUGGAUUUAUUUGUCAUGCUGGUGCUCCGCUGGAUAAUUCCGCUAUUAGUGAUUGGCGGAUGCUCCGCUAGCCCCCAUAAUGUGCUUCUACUCCUGGCUGAUGACGCCGGCUUCGAAUCGGGCGCCUAUCUGAACAAAUUCUGCCAGACUCCCAAUCUGGAUGCAUUGGCCAAGCGCGGAUUGCUGUUUAACAACGCCUUUACUUCGGUGAGCAGUUGCAGUCCCAGUCGCGCGCAAUUGCUCACCGGUCAGGCCAGUCACUCCAGUGGAAUGUACGGACUCCACCAGGGCGUUCACAACUUCAAUGUCCUGCCGGAGACGGGUUCUCUUCCCAAUCUCCUGCGUGAUCAAAGUGGCGGGGGGAUCUAUAGCGGGAUCAUUGGCAAGAAACAUGUUGGACCUGGUUUCAAUUUCCAGUUCGAUUACGAGCAAACGGAGGAGCACCAUUCAAUCAACCAGAUAGGCAGGAACAUCACCCGGAUGAAGGAGUAUGCCAGGCAGUUCCUAAAACGAGCCAAGGACGAGAAGAAGCCCUUCUUCCUGCUGGUCGGCUUCCAUGAUCCCCAUCGUUGUGGUCAUAUUACCCCGCAGUUUGGUGAGUUCUGUGAGCGGUGGGGCAGCGGUGAGGAGGGAAUGGGCAGCAUUCCCGACUGGAAACCGAUCUACUACGAUUGGCGCAAUCUGGAGGUGCCCGCUUGGUUGCCCGAUACGGAUGUAGUGCGUCAGGAACUGGCUGCUCAGUAUAUGACCAUCUCCAGGUUGGACCAGGGAGUUGGUGUGAUUCUCAAGGAACUAGAAGAAGCUGGUCUGGCUGACCAAACCCUCGUGAUCUACACCUCAGAUAAUGGCCCACCUUUUCCCGGAGGUAGAACUAAUCUUUAUGAGCAUGGCAUUCGGUCGCCCUUGAUCAUAAGCUCUCCCAAGAAGGAGGAUCGCCAUCGUGAAACCUCGGCAGCCAUGGUCAGUCUUUUGGAUAUAUACCCAAGUGUACUGGAGGCUCUUCAGAUUCCUAAGCCAAAUGACACCAAGAUCGUUGGUAAAUCCAUACUCCCUGUACUGAAAGCAGAACCUUCGAUAAAAGAAAGCGAUUCGGUGUUUGGCAGCCACAGUUACCAUGAGGUGACCAUGGCCUAUCCCAUGAGGAUGGUGCGGAAUAGGCGCUAUAAGCUAAUCCAUAACAUCAACUACUGGGCGGACUUCCCCAUCGACCAGGACUUCUAUACCUCCCCCACCUUCCAGCAAAUACUGAAUGCCACAAUUAACAAGCAAAGCCUGCCCUGGUAUCGAUCUUUAUUGCAAUACUACCAGAGGCCCGAAUGGGAGCUGUACGACAUUAAGGUGGAUCCCUUGGAGCGAUUUAAUUUGGCAGAGAAGCCCAAGUACAAUGCCACCCUCAAACAACUCCGACAACAGCUGUUCGACUGGCAGGUGGCCACCAAGGAUCCCUGGAGAUGUGCCCCGCACGCAGUCCUGCAGGAACAGGGCAUCUUUAAGGAUCAGCCUGCCUGUCUAACUUUGGGCCACGAGGCACUGCAGAGGCCCAAGCGCAAGAUGCUCGGCCAGUACGAUGAGUAUGUGGUCCUUUCCUAGGUCUGACUAAGUAUUCGUCAGAUAGGGUUUGUUGUCUUAUCGCACCUUGAAUAAAAACACUCCAAGUGCUGAUAACUCAA